AUGUCGUUGUUGUGGUUUCCGAGGGACAGUGGCGGAUCUACAUGGUUACAAGGGGGUUUGAUAGUAAUAACAGUUGGGGCUGGAGAUAAUGCACAUGAGAUAUAUGAAUAUUCUCAAAGCUUUCUUCCUCAAGUUCUCAAAUUCAAAUCAUCUAACACAAUCAAGGUGUUGGAAUGUUUGGCUAUUGUCACUUUUGUUGGUGCCCAAAACAGUGAUGAAACAGAAAACACUAUGGGGAUUAUAUGGAAAUUCAUCAACGAAGAAUCCAAAGUUGAAAUAAAACAUCCACCAAAUGUUGUUGCUGCAGCAAUAUCAGCCUGGUCACUCCUCCUAGCAUCUAUAAAUGGAUGGUGUGUUAAUCACAAAAAAUGGAAAGGGUAUGACAUUAUAUAUAACUUCCUUUUGUUGAUCCCAUAUUUGGUGAAACAAUUAGAGGAAGAAGAUUACGAUGAAGAUGUCCAUUCUGCAUGCAUAGAAGCACUUGGUUUAAUUUUUGAAAAUAAAAGCCUUGAGAAAUUUUCAAAUGAAGCAGAAAAUUAUGCAAAUAUAAAGGACAUGAAAGAUGAUAUAGUGACAAGUGUUUCCAGUAUUGUCACACAAGAAAUUGCUGAACAGUUACUUCUUGAGGUAAUAUUAGAUAACUUAAUUACACCAACAUGA